AUGGCUCUUUCAGACAAGGAUGCGCAGCACAUCAGCACUGAGUGCGAGGCUGACACCGAGGUGGCCCACAAGGCUCCUUCAUCCGUGGUCCAUGAGGAAUAUCUUAUCGAACGGCAUGGAACGUGCGAACUGGAUCCGCUCCCCUCUGCGGACCCCAAUGACCCUUUGAAUCUUCCAUCUUGGAGGAAACAUGUCCACCUCAUCCUCAUGGCGUUUCAUGGCCUGUUCUGUACCUCAAAUGCCGGCUCGGUGGUGACUGCGGUCGCUGAAUGGGCCACGCUCUAUGACGUUAGCAUUUCUGCCUCCGUUUACAUUGCCACUAGCCAGUUGAUUGCUCUUGCCGUUGCUCCCCUGGUCUGGAUCCCAAUCGUCAACCGAUGGGGUCGCGUGCCAGUCUUCUUGGUGUCUGCCCUUGGGUCGUCCAUGUUCAACAUAGCAUGUGCUCAGAGCGGCAGCUAUGCGUCUCAUAUGGUCUACCGGAUUCUGGUUGGUUUCUUCAUUUCACCCGGUAUCACAGUGCCUCAGGGUGUUGUAGUGGAGAUGUUCUUUGCAAAGGAACGAGCUCAAAAAAUGGGAGUCUGGGUGCUCUUUGCGAACUCAGGCGCUUCAAUAGGUCCCGCACUGAUGGGCUUUCUCAUCAAAGCCAAGGGCUGGAGAUGGGUCUACCGGGUAUUCGCAAUUUUGGAGUUUGUCCUUUUCGUCCUCUAUUACCUCUUCAGUCCAGAGACGCUUUACCGCCCCAAUACCAGCAACCAAGAAAAUAAUGAGGAUGAAAGCAACUCCCGACCACCGCAGCGAAAUUGGUGGCUGAGAUUUGCAAGACGAAUCGACCCUACUCCUCUCCGAAUGUUUGAUUUCAUCGAGCCGCUUUGGCUUUUGAGGCACUGGAAUAUCCUGGUGGUCAACAUCGCAUAUUCCGUGGCUCACAACUUCGUCCUGACCCUGCUACUCGUGGAAAUGUCCACCUUGUAUGAGCCACUCUUCAAUCUCGGCCCGCAACAAGCCGGAUUGAACUACUUCGCAUUGCUGGUUGGCUCGCUACUUGGUGAACAGCUAGGAGGGCCUUUCAGUGACUGGUUGCGCAACCGUCAGAUCAAACGAACCAAGCGGAACAUCCCUGAAGACAGACUCUGGGUCUCUCACUUGGGCAUCCAACUGAUCAUUGUUGGCAUCGUUGUGUUUUUUGUGGAGAUCGCCAAUGCUUCUGGCCACUGGAACAUCAGGCCCGAUAUUGGAGUUGGCAUUGCUGCUUUCGGAGUCCAAAUCGUCGCCACCGUCCUCGUUACAUAUUGUUCUGAUAGUUUGCCCCGACAUGAAUCCGCCUCAUUGGGGGUAGUGAUCAAUUUCACAAAAUUGGUCUGGGGGUUUGCAAGCCCCUUCUGGUACCCUGUUAUGAUCGAAUCCGUCGGUCUGAAAGGAUCUGCGGGUGUCGUCACGGGAGUCACCGUUGCUUUCGCCAUGCUUCCGCUCGUGGCUCUUCAGAUCUGGGGAAGAUACAAGAAGCACUAG